AACAUAACUUCACCGCCUCAAUCCCCAGAUCCCUCAAUAAAUAGAUCAUUGCAAACACCACAAACCCUAAAAAAAUUAAAAAUCUGUAAACUCAAAAUCGGACGUUCAAAAAUGGAAGACAGCUUCAAAGUUCGAGUAGACAAAACUUUCGGAUCACUGGAACCAUCUUCUUCUUCAUCAACCAACCCGACCCAGCAACAAAACCAAUCAUCUUCACUAAACUCACUUUGGUCCCUCACCGACGAAGAAAUCGAAACAAACAAAUGGAUACAUCACAAAAAACCCACCUCUUCCGAUAUCAAAGAUAUCGAUGAGCAAAUUCACCGACUUAAAAACCCGAAACCCGUUUCCCCUUUUCUUCAAGGCCUUCUUGCUCAACCAUCUUCAGCUUCUGAUCAUAACCUUCUAAAAUCAGAUAUUCAAGAACUUGAUGAUGAUGUGGAUGAUGAUGAUGAUAACGAGGAUGAUGAGAAUGAGAAGAAACACGAAGUAUCGAAACCGGAUGAUCAUAAUGAGGAAGAAUGGAAUAUUCGAUCUUCAGUUGGCAUGGACCCAACUCUGGACAAUGAGGAAGAGGAAGAUGCUUAUGACAAAGUAGCUGUAGGCAAGGAUUUAGAUCCCGAAGAUCGCUUUUACAUGAAAGAUGUCAAUGAUUAUGAUGUCGAAAUGGAUUCUAAUGGCGUGCUUCCCAGGUCAUUCACUGAGGUAACAAGGGAUCCACGUGCAAAUCACAAGGCAGCGAAACUCAGGCUUAAAGAAGAUGAUGAAUCUGCUAAAAAAUUAUGCUUGCAGGCUUCUGAGAAAAAGAUUCCAGAACCAAUCACGAAGGAAAAUCAAAUUGCUACAGAAUCGAAACAACAUUUAGUGAUGAACAAACCUUCGGGAUCAAAAGUAGUACCUUCUUUCCCUCAAAGUUCUUCUAGUGUUCCAGACCAUUUGCGCAAUCCUUCAAAGUAUACACAUUAUACUUUCGAUUCACUGGAUGAUGUUGAUGAAGAAUCUAAUCGAAAAGCUUUUAUGAACUUCUCUAAUAUGGUCAAGCGCUCUGCUGCCAUGGAGAUGGAUGAUGAUGUUCCUGCUGAUAUUACAAAAUCUAUUAUCUUCACCCCGAAAAAGAAGUCAGAUGAUGUUUCAAUGAAGGAUAGUAAGGUUGAUGGACAUGAAAACAAGAAAGCAGUUCCCAUUAGUAUUGAUGAUAGUGAGGUUUGCAUGAUGGAUGAAGACGAGCCUGAAGUAGCAACCAAUCUAAGUAGCGGCGUGCAGAAAGGUGGUCGCAGAUAUCGAACAAAGGGCAGUGUGAAUGAUGAAUGAGGGAUGCAAUAUGCUGAUAUAUGUUGUCUUUUAAGUUUCUGGAUAUAGGAUAUUGUAUGCGCCAUGUUUUCAUGGUUUUAGCUUAAUGUACUACUUUCUUUGUAUUGGUUGCCUACUUUUUAAGGAAUAUUAUACAGUGGCGUUGCGAUAAUA